GACAACAACGCAAACCCAGAAAAGACCCCACCACAUUUCCAUUUUUCUCUGUUAUAAGUUAGGAAGCAUCUCCAUUGCUCUCUCUCAUGAGUCUCAUAAAACCAUUCACAAGACAAUAACACUUUUUGUCCGUUCAAGCUUGCGCUUUUUAGCUUUUAUCCAUUGAAUAGCAAUAGACCCUUUUGUUGCCCUUUUGUUUCUGAGGCCUUCAAACAUUCUUGGCUUCUUUGCAAAGUUGGAAUUUUCACUCUUCAACUUAUUGUUUUGAUCCCAAAUCAGAAAAAAAUAAUAUUGGGUUUUAUUUUGAUCCAUAAGCUGAAAGGCUGAGGCAAGUAUCAUUGGAGAUACCCUUUUCAUCUCAUGAUCUGAGGUUGAUAAACAAGAUCCUUUUGUUCAGAGUUCAGAGUGAUCAUGGCAUGUUCCAUGAACAGUGUUUUCUGUGUUCCUGAAUUAAAUGAGAGCAUAUUUGGUUCCAAAACCAAAGGGGUUUUGUUGCCUUGUCCCUCAAAAACUGCCAAUGCAAAAUCAUGGGGUUGUUCUGUUUUGAGCAAUGCUUUCAUGGGAAAAUCCAUUGCUCUUGGUGAGAAAGGCUCAGGAUGUUGCAAUUCAAAAUUCUCCAGCAAUGUUCCUGUUCAUGCACAAGCAACAAUUUGUGUCAGCAAGGCUUUGAAGUGGUGGAAGAAGACCCUAAAGCCUAAUAUGAUUGAGAUCCACUCGGCACAAGAACUGGUCCAUUCCUUGCUCAACGCUGGUGAUUCAUUGGUUGUGGUUGAUUUCUAUUCACCUGGUUGUGGAGGCUGCAAAGCCCUUCAUCCUAAGAUCUGUCAAAUAGCUGAAUUGCACCCAAAUGCAAUCUUUCUUAAAGUCAACUACGAGGAACUGAAAACCAUGUGUCACGGUUUGCGAAUUCACGUGUUACCCUUCUUCAGAUUCUAUAGAGGUGCGGAGGGUCGAGUUUCUAGCUUCAGCUGUACCAAUGCCACUAUCAAGAAAUUUAAGGAUGCUUUGACAAAGCAUGGGAAUGAACGGUGUAGUUUAGGUCCAGCAAAAGGUUUGGAAGAAUCCGAGUUGAAAAUUUUGGCUUCUAUUGGUGAAAUUAAUUCUUCUCCGUUACUAAGUCCCAAGCAAGGGAAAUUGGAAGAUUUGCUUACGGAGAGCCAUGAUUUUGCUGGGGUUUGGAACAUGGAAAAUAAUAGCAGGGGACUUAUGCUGGAUGCUAUAUACUAGUAUUUAUUUAAUUUUCAAACUAGCAAGUAGGGAAUUUAUUUAUUUAUUUACUUUGUCAUGUUACAGAAUGAAGAUCAUAAUGGAGUAAAGCAGCUCCAUAUCAUUUAUUUUCCUAUGAGGUUUACUGAUUUUUAUAUCUUGCUGUAAAUUUAUUUUUUGGAGGGGUUUGAUGGGACUUGUAACAUUUUUUUGGUUGGAUUUGAGCCCUGCAAUUUAGCAAGUGUUGCUGGAUAAUAAUAUCUUCCGUAUUCAAACCCUGUCCUCA